CGUAGUCUUUCUUCCUGUUCCAUCAAUGAUCUACACUCCAGCUCAGCAGGUGGCGGGAAUGCACCUUUUAAGUGGGUUUGUCAACCGCCAUAAAAAAGAAGAAGAAGAACUCGCCACCGAUCCCUACCAUGUUCACUACCCAGUGAGCGUCUGUAGCUAUUGCUACUGUCCUGUCCUGAACAUACACAGCAAUGCCAACCUAAAUAUGGGAUAUCGCUGAAUCAUCUCUGCUGUACGGUGGCCUGGGACUCAUGCCGGGCACUACAGGCAGGAAACAUGCAGCAGAAGCGCAACAUUCAGAUCAUAGAAUGGGAGGACUUGGACAAACGCAAGUUCUACUCCUUUGGAGUCUUCAUGACCAUGGCUAUCCGCACCACAGUCUACCCGGCCACACUGAUCCGCACCAGGCUGCAGGUUCAGAAGGGGAAGUCUCUCUACACUGGGACCUACGAUGCCUUCCGAAAGAUUCUGAGAGCUGAUGGUCUGAGAGGACUUUACAGGGGCUUCAUGGUGACCACGUUCACACUCAUAUCAGGCCAGGCGUACAUAACCACCUACGAACUGGUAAGGAAAUAUGUCUCCAACUAUUCUAAAGACAAUACACUGAAAUCAUUGGUGGCGGGAGGCUCGGCGUCACUGGUGGCCCAGAGCAUUACUGUUCCCAUAGAUGUCAUAUCGCAGCAGCUCAUGAUGCAGGGCUAAGGGGAGCAUCUGACCCGCUUUAAAGUGAAACCCAAAAUUGGAGCAAAGCACGCCGUAUUUUUUGGUCAGACAAGAGACAUUAUUGGGCAAAUAUUUGCUGCGGAUGGCAUUCGUGGCUUUUAUCGAGGAUAUGUGGUGUCUCUCCUCACAUACAUCCCCAACAGUGCUGUUUGGUGGCCGUUUUACCACUUCUAUGCAGAACAGUUGUCUAAGAUGGCUCCCAGUAGCUGCCCUCAUCUAGUGCUGCAGGCAGUGGCGGGACCUCUGGCAGCUGCCACUGCCUCCACUGUCACCAACCCCAUGGAUGUCAUCAGGGCCCGGGUUCAGGUGGAGGGCAGGACAUCAGUCACUGGGACCUUUAACCAGCUGAUCAGAGAGGAAGGAUUCUGGGGGAUGACCAAAGGCCUCUCUGCUCGCAUCAUAUCCUCAGCACCCACAGCAAUAGUCAUGGUGGUUGGUUAUGAAACUCUCAAAAAGCUCAGUUUGCGUCCAGAGCUGGUUGACUCCCGACAUUGGUAAAAAAAAAAAACAGCAACAAAAAACCCUUACAGUAUCUGUCAUCUCCCCUAUGACUCCUUAACUACACCUUAUUUUCCAUUUUUGCCUUAUAAACCUCCUGCCUUGUGAUGCUUCAGUGGGACAGUGCUGAUUGCUUUCGGGUGAUUAUGAAAUAAUUUUUUUGUCUAAUAGGAACACUGCAGCUUUUGAGCUCUGUGUUACUGUCUGUCAAUGAGGGGAAUUGCUGCUCAGGUUUGUAAUCGUGUAAGAGGCACAAAAGUUUUUCUUAAAUGAUUUUUUU